AUGGCUUUAGGCGUGGCAAUGGGAGAUAGAUCUAAAGCCGUGACCGGCAAGCACGAGAUCACUGUGGAUGAGUUCAAGAAAUGGCUGAUGAGUUUCGACUACGACAACGACGGCAAGAUCAGCCUCACCGAGCUGCGUGCUGCUGUGCGCAGCCGCGGCUCGUGGUUCAGGACCACCAAGAAGAGCAGCCGCGGCCUCAGCGAAGCCGAUGUCGACGGCAGUGGUUACAUUGAUGAGAAUGAGAUCGAUUCGCUCCUCAAUUUCGCUGAGAAGUCGCUUCAAGUUUUACUGAUCCACUUUAGCAAUCAAUAUGAAUGUAUGGCUUGA